UUCAUAUAGGUUUGUCCUCUGCCCAACAACAUACAAACACAACUGCUUGUUUCAAGAGCAAAAAGAAUAAACUCUCUAAAAUUGAGGUUUCGAAACCUAAAAAAUAACGACUGUGCAGGUAUUGAAAGCCAGUAUAAGUUGAAAAUUCAACUUGGAUACGUCGUUUUAGUGCAAGAAGUUCAAGAUUCGCGGAAUCUGAUUACAUAAAACCCGUUAACUUGGGUUUAUCGCGAAAGAAGAAAGAAUUAGCAGUUGGUUUGAUCUCAAGUAAACAAGAGCAAAAAAAAUGUUUUGGAGACUAGGCCAAGGGUUUGGAUUUCAAAGUUCAACAGCCAUUGAGGCUAUAUUGAACAAACCAGAAGAAGAGAUUGAUUUACCAGAAUUAUUAGAAGAAAAUGGAGUUUUAGAUGAAUGCAAGAGUCACAAUCCAAAGUUAUUAGAUUAUCUUUGUAAACCUGAGAUUUUGAGUCAACUUAUUGAUUUUAUUCUCGAGGUUAACGAAGAAGAUUUCACUCCUAUUGACGGCGGUUUUGAAGAAUUGGAACAAAGCAGACUAUCUUUUAUAGCGAGUGAAAUUCUAAGUAGUGAUGUCUGGUCUAUAUGCGAUGCAUGUGUCGAGAAUAAAGAGCUUAUGAAAAAGUUGUGGUCUUUUCUUGACAAUGAAGGUCCAUUAAAUCCUUUACAGGCUUCCUAUUUUGCCAAGGUGAAUGAACAUUUUCUUGACAAGAAAACUGAAGAGACCGUGGCUUUCAUACAGUCUAUUGAAAACUUUGUUGACAAGAUUCUUCGUCAUGCUGAAACUAGCGCUAUCAUGGAUCUUUUGCUUAAAUUUAUAUCGAUGGAUCGCUGCAAUACUACUGUUGGAAUUGCUGACUGGUUGUAUUCCCAGGGAUUAAUACAGUCUUUGCUUGGUUUACUUGAUCCUUAUGUUGAUCCUGAUGUACAAUCCACUGUGGCGGAUGUCAUAAAAGCUAUUAUAGCUAUUUCUGCCAAUUCUAAUGAACCAGGCGUUAUCGGCCCUAAUUCUUUAUCCCGCGAGUUGGUGUCUCGCCGUACCAUUACUACUCUUACUGAUUAUAUGAUUGAUUCCAAGGCACCUUACUCGUCUACCUCUUUGAUCAAUGGCGUUAGCAUCGUCAUCGAACUCAUCCGUAAAAACAAUAGCGAUUACGAUGUAACUCCUGUUUUACAGAUGCCUCUUGAUACUAAUCCUCCUACUACACGUGACCCUAUCUAUUUGGGAAGUAUGCUCCGCUUGUUUGCUGAAAAAAUUCCAGUUUUUCAACAAAUUUUAAUGAAGCCAUCUUCUACUCCCGAGCAAGCUGCUACUAGCUUUGGCACCAUUAAACCUUUAGGAUUUGAGCGGUUUCGUAUUUGUGAGUUAUAUGCCGAGCUUUUGCAUUGUAGUAAUAUGUCACUUUUGAGCGAUCCUAAUGCAGAGGCUCUUGUCAUGCAAAGAGAUAACUUACGUGAUUAUCUCUUCCGCCAUAAUAACUGUGCUAGAGAAUUGAAUGUAUCCGAUGAUGAAGAUGCUGAUUCUAGUUUUACAGACAAACAAGCUAAUGAUCCUAUGCAUGGUCAAAUCCCUCAAAUUUCAAAGGACUACAAAGAUAUGUCUCCCGAGGUUGGUGGUGAUUCACCAAUGGAAGAUGCCGAGCCUGUUCCUAGUGAGGAGUACAAAGACAUCAGCGAAACUUCAAAAUACAUUCAACCUGAUUUAGAGGAAACUGCUUCUAACGAUUCGUAUGAGCCAAUACCUGAGAAUGUCCUUGAUGAAAUGAAAAAACAGCCUGUAAUUGGUGACUUUCUUAAAAUAAAAUUUACAGAGAACAAUAUCGUUCCAACCGUACUUGACCAUUUCUUUGAAUAUCCUUGGAACAACUUCCUUCACAACGUUGUAUAUGACGUUGUUCAACAAGUCUUGAACGGUCCUAUGGAGAAGGAACAAAAUUGCGCUUUGGCAUUUGAUAUGUUUUUACGUGGAAAGAUUACAGAAAAAAUUAUUCGUGGUCAGGAAAUAAGUGAUAAGGCCACUUCUGAGCCUAACGGGUUUAGACCUGGUUAUAUGGGACAUCUUACUAUAAUCGCCGAUGAAGUUGUAAAAUUCAUUGAACAUUACUCUCAUUUGUUUAGCCCUGAGGUUAAAAAAUUAAUUGAUGACGAAAAAUGGCAACACUUUGUUAAUAAUACUUUAGCAGAGACUCGUGCUCGUGAUAAUCAACUUCUGGGAGGACUUGAACCUUCAAUGGUUGGCUAUUUGGAAGAUAUGGAUGAUGGUGAAAUGUUGGAUGCCAAUAAUUUGCCCGAAAUGCAAUUUGCAUUAGAGCAAGAGUAUAGCAACAGCAGUGACGAUGAUGUGGUCGAAGUCCACCGAGAACUGUCUAAUAACUCCUCAUCAAAUGAAGAAGAUGCUGACGGAAAUGAAGAAGAUCCUUUAUCACGUGAAAUGUCUCGUCGACUUAGCUUUGAUUCAGCUAAUAAUGCACAAGACAACCGUGAUCAUUUUGCCCAAUAUAUGUCUCAACAUAUUUCUGACAAUCCGCCUGAUGAAUUCAGUAGUAGUUCGGACGAAGAUGACGAAGAAGAUGAUGAAGUAGUUGAAUGGGUAUCUCGCGGCAAAGACAAAAAAUAUCCUCGCUCUAAUUUCUUUAUUAGUAGUUCAGAUCGCGAUGAGUCUGAUAGUGAAGAGGACGAUGAAAACGAUAGUUCGGACGGCGAACGAGAAUUUGCUGAAGACGAGUACUCAAAUGGACUUGUAUUGAACCGUAAAUAAUGUGGUUUUUGUAUAUACUAUCCGUUGAUCGUUUUCUACAUAUUUACACGUUUUUGUCCAGAUAGAUGUUUGACAUCAGCAGUGGUUCUUUUUGAAAGUUAGCUAUAAAGGAAGCUUGCGUUAGUACUCAAUUCGACUUCUUAAUAAUCCGGGUAAUUUUAUUCUUUGAACUGCUUCUUGUUAUAGUCAAGUUUUUUAGAUCGAGAAUGUACUAAUGUUUGCUCUAUUCGUAUGAUCUAUGUUUGUUCUUGACGCUUGUUUCUUUGGAAGGAUAUUUAUGUGCUAGCGCUGAUUCAGUCCGAAUAAUGCGAACUGAACAGUGGUGAGUAAAACAGCUUACUCGAAAUCCUGUUCCAUUAAAAUUAUUUGAGAUUCCGAAGAUUGAUUUAUUUUUGUCUUUAUUAUUCAUGAUAUGAAUGAAGGCUAAUUUGUGAGAUACUUCAAAUCACAUAAACUUAUGAUUUUAAUUGAAAGUUUCCAUAAGUACUUAUUGUAUUUAUUGUAUUAUUGUACUUCCUAAAUAUAAACUUCAGACUUUUUUUCUUUUCGUAGUA